UCAGUAUGCUCGGCUCCAGCAGCAACGGUUUCGCAGUGGAGCACAUUUCGUGACAGCGAUGUGAUUGCACAUGAACAAAGUGAUGCCUCGGCGUACGAAUGGGACGAAUACAAUCCACCUGUGAAAGCCGAAGACGAUUGGACGCAUGAUGGAAGUGUACCUGAUGAUAUGUCCGUGUUGACCAUCGAGGACGAUUUUCAGAUGCAGCUCAGUGAUCUGCAUUCUGUCAAUAACGAUUUUGACUCCUCAACACCGGAAUCUCAUCCGUACAACCAUGCUGAUGAACUGCCUACGCCAACAAAAGAGCGUCCGCCGCGGCCAGUUGCGGCUGUCACAGGCAACUGCGCAUUAAAACAUUCCUUCAUUCUGGGAACUGUAAUGAAAAACACUGAUACUUAUAAUCCAAGACUCGGCAGAUUGGUGUCAUUUAUGCAUUUGUAA